AUGUUGUUCGAUUGGUCGAAUCGCUUGGUAAAGGCACAGAUUGUCGCGUUUGCGUUAAUCUGCUUCAGUAAUCUGCUAGCAUUCAUUGCUAUGGUCACUCCGGCAUGGCAGGUUGCCAAAGAUCUAGAUGCAGGUGUUUACGUGCAAAGUGGCCUAUGGCUGUACUGUCCGGGUGCAUCACAGUGCUGGUAUAUCUUCAACGAUGAUAGCGCCAACUAUUAUGAACGAGUGGAUGUGUGUCGUUUUUUCUUGAUUGGUGACUGUCGUAAAAAGCUUCUUCGAACACCGUAUUUCUUCGGCUGGCACAAAGCCGUACUCACUCUGAUGAUUUUCGCGUUGUUGUUCGGUUCAAUUGCAGCUAUCGCUAUUGCCUUGAGCACAUACCGAAGAAAUUACGCUCGUCUUCUGACAGUAACCUUCAAUGGAUUCGCAUUUUUGUCGUUUAUGUUUCUGUCGAUUGCACUUGCCGUCUUCGUAAUCAAUGCCGAAAUGCUCGAAGCAAGAUAUUUGAUUGGUGUGAAGAACACAUUCAGAAAAGAAUACGGAUAUUCAUUCUAUUUGGCUGCUUUUGCGACACUUUGCUUAUUGUUCGCUCAGUUGGCCGGUGUGUUGGUUACCACGUUUGUGUUCUUUGCAAAAGACUCGCAUGAGCAUAGCGUUGUACCGGGCGCAGACGAUCAUGAAAUAUGGCAACGAAAUCAACUUUACGCGCUGAAAAAAAUGAGGGAUGCCCAGCUUCAAUCGAGUCGCAUAAGCUCGAACAGUGCAAUACCAGUGUUUGAGCAACAAGUUUUCGAUCAGCCACCCCGACCUGGCAGUGUUUUGGGUGGUUCACAGACGAUCACAUCGUUAUCACCAGCAGCAGACUAUUGGCAGUCGAGACGUGCAAAUAAUCAUUAUUAG